AUGGAGACGUCCAUGCACGUAAUAAAUGAAUCGAGUCUCAUGCGAGGGAAUGCAACAGGUGAUGGACAAGUAUUUGGACUGUCACUGAAUUGGAUUGAGACUCAUCGUGCUCUUAGUCUUUCCAUUGCCUUUGGUUGUUGCAUUCUAGCGACUUUAUUAAGUGUUUAUAACAUUAUUCAACAUUUAGUCCAUUAUUCCCGACCUCAAUUACAGCGCUAUAUUGUGCGUAUUCUCGUAAUUGUACCCGUGUAUUCCAUGGGUUCAUUCUUCUCCCUUACAUUCGUAAACCAAGCGCUGUAUUUUGAUUCGAUUCGAGAUUGCUAUGAAGCUUUUGUGGUCUAUAGUUUUCUCGCUCUUGUCUUGAGUUUUGCUGGUGGUGAAUCUGUUUGUGUCCUUAAGAUGCAAAGUGAACCGGAUAUUCGCCAUCCAUGGCCAUUAAAUCGGUGGUUUGAUCCAAUUGGUCGAGACGGACGGAUGCUGAGACUUUGCAAACGUGCUACGAUCCAAUUUAUCUUUAUUAAACCCUUUUUUGCAGCCUUAUCGCUGCUGAUGCUAGCGUGUGGCAAGUACAAUACCGUCAUGUACCAAUUGAGUCUAGUUGUGGUGUACAAUAUCUCGUAUUCCGUGGCAGUUUACGGUCUUUGGAUCUUUUACUUGGCUACAAAACACAUUAUGGAACCAUUUAAUCCUGUACUCAAAUUUUUUGCUGUCAAGGGUGUCGUGUUUCUCACGUUCUGGCAGAAUAGUCUUUUGGAUUUUAUUCCGGGCAUUACGAAUGAACAGGCGUUUGCCUGGAAGGAUUUUAUCCUUUGUAUUGAGAUGGUGCUGUUUGCUAUAGUGCAUCUAUUGGCUUUCAAUUCCAGUCAGUUCAAAAGAAACUUGGAUCGACUACCAGACUCGGAAGUGCUGAACAAUAUGAAGGAGGUACUGAGUCUCUCGGACAUUUUGGCCGAUGCUUACCAUAACUUUAUGCCCUCUUACCAAGAGUAUGUGCUGCAACGUGGUAGCGAGUCCACUGGCCGCGCACGUAAAAACAAUUCAUUAACAGGUUUUGGUGAAGCUUCGUCGUCUGAGACUACUUCGACGCCCAUGGCGCACGCCAACCCACGUGUCCCGCGGUUCGUUAUUGACGAUGAAGACGACGAUGAGAUGGAUGAGAUUGAUCUCGAGUCGAGCGUGAGUACCACACCAAUUGAACAGUCCGCCUCUUUGAAGGGCGACGUAACGAAACUCAAGCUGCCAGUAAAGAAAAUUGAAAGCGACGCAGAUGUUCUUAUGGCCAACCCACAAGACGAUGAUCAAGUCAAGAAUGCAGACAUUAACAAAGCUGCUCUCGAGGAAAGUAUCAGCUCGGAGCAGAUCGAAGCAGCAGAUGAUGCUGUAUCAGUAGAAGCGUCAUUCCGGCGACGAUCUAAUAGUUCCCCAAGUGCCACUAUUUCCCAUGAACACAUGCAGCACGAUGACAAAAGUGCUACGCUGUAG